AUGCAUAAAUCCAAACCCCAAUCCAGAAACCCGUCAUUCUCAUCCACUCUCCUCGAUGAAAUCUACAAUUCCAUCGAUCCCAAAACCCAAAAAGCCCAAUCUUUUGUCGGCUCUGUUAACACUACCAAAAAACAGAGCAUUGUAACCAGAUCUGUUCCUGACCGGAAAAUCCACCGAGAUCGGUUCUUCGGCUCUGUAUCUUCUUCCUCUGAUUCUAGCUCGAGUAUUUUCUCAUCUUCCGACACCGAACUAACUCACGAGGAUAAAACUCUGUUUCACCAAAACAGAGCAACCCGUGUCUCCGCCGACUACGAUUACGCUUCCGACGUUCCCAAGAUUACAAGAUACGACGAGAAUUGGGAGAAUCAUAGAAUCAGAAGAUCGACGAAGAGCUCAAAGAAACCAAAAACUCCAGCUUCACCAGCAGGAAGAAUCGUUAACUUCAUCAAUUCUCUGUUCAGCAACAAUUCAAAACAAUCUACUACUUCGGUUAAGAGUUAUCCGAGGAAGACGAGUUACGACGAUUCUUCGUAUGUUCGGAAACCAAAUGAUUAUCAUCAUCAUCCAUCUACGUGUUCUUCAGCUACUUCUUUCUCAAGAUCUUGUCUGAACAAGAACUCAGAGAAAUCAUCAGACCGAAUCAAACGAAGUGUUAGGUUUUCUCCGGUCAAUGUUAUCGUCCCUGAGAUAAGAUCUUUUGUAGAAGAAGAAGAUUAUUUCAGUAAUGUGAGAAAGUCAGUGAAGAAGAGUGUUGAAGUUGGAGGAAGAAGAUCAGUGGAGGAGAUUGCAAGAGAGUUUUUGAGAGAUUAUCAUCAUAAGAAUCAUGAGAAUAAUGUUGGAAAUAAUCAUCAUAAUCUGUACGGAGAUGAACUUCCUGUGUAUGAAACCACUUUUGCUAGUUUAAUCUUGUGA